AUGUCUACUCGAACAAGUAGAAACGGGAAUAAUAAGAAUAAUAGUGGUACCAACAAAAAUUCUACAACAAAAUUUAAACUUGGAGAUAAUAUUCAUUUUGAAGUUUCAAAUGGUUCAACUUCAACCAAUACCAACAAUAAUCUGAAUAAUAGUAGUAAUAAACCAUCUACAACUAAUUCAAAUGUAUCAAAUCAAUUACAGAAUUCAUCUGUCAAUGACAAUGUUGAUUCAAAACAGAAGAAAAAGAAGAAAUCCAAAGGCAAGAAUCCUACUACAAAGAUUUCAACUUCACAAGCUCAUUUGAAUAAUCCAGAUGAUGAUUAUCCUACUUCAAGAGUUAUUAAACAAGCUUCAAAUGGGGAUGUAAUUGUUGAAAGAAUGGAUGAAGAGGGAGAAAAAGAAGAAGAAUUUGAAGAAGAUGGCGAUGAAUAUGAAGAAGAUGAAGAUCAGGAUGAAGAGGUUAACAAUCAUCAAAAAAACCCGUCAAAUCAUCACCACCAUCAUCAUCAUAAUCAUCCACAAAGUAAUAACAACACUAAAAAUCUGAAUAAAACUAGUAAUAGUCAUACAUCAAACAAUCAUAGUACUAGAAAAAAUAGUCAAGAUGCACAUAAUAGUUUAUGGGAUUCAGCUUCAAUUGAAGAACAAGAAAAACUAAAAGAAUUUUGGGAAUCUCUAGCGGAAUCUCAAAAAUUAGAACUUGUUAAAAUUGAUAAACAAUCAAUAAUGAAAAUGUUUAAAAAUGAAACAAGACAACAUUUACAACAAUUAUCUCAACAACUGAAUAGUAGUAUAUCAAGUAAUAAUUCAAAUAAUUGUGCAUGUAAAUAUUGUGGAAGACGAAAUAAUAUUAUUGAAGAAGAAUUAGAAAGUAUUUAUGAUAAUCAUUUUGAUGAUAUAAUUGAUUUUAUUCAUGAAGUUCGAGAUAUAAAUGAUUUAAAUGCAUUACCAGGUCUUUUAUUUGGAGGAUUUCAUAUGUUAGAAGAAGAAAGAAGAUUACAAAAACGAAAAAAUACUCAUAUUGAAAAUUUAGAAAUGGCUAAAAAUUCAAAUCAACGUAAUCAAUCUCAAAUUGAAGAAAUUAGAUCUCAAAUGGAUAAAUUAAAAAUGGGACCUAAAACUGUUCAACAGAGUAAUGUAACAAAUGAUUCAAAACCUGUGAGUAAUUCAAAUCAACAACAACAACAACAAACCAAGAGUCAAGUUACAAUGAAACCUCACGCGAAUGUUCAAAUUAGUGCUACAUUUCAAAGUUCAAAUCCAGCUGAAACUCAAUUAUUUAAUAAAUUACUUGAUCCUAAAUUAUUUGAAGCUCUAGAAAGUCUAGAUUUACAAAAAAUGAAAGAAGUUUCUCAUUUUGAUCCAAAAAAUGCUGCACAUAUUAAUAUGUUAGAAAAAGCUGGAUCAUUAAGAGAAAUUGUUCGUGAUUUACAUAGUGUAGAUCGAAAUCAUUUGGAAAAGGGAAUGUCAUAUGUUCAAAAUAUGGGGAAAUUUUUUUCAAAUAUUGCUAAUUUAAAUCCUAAUAAUCCUGAAGAUGCAGAAAAAAUUAUGGCUGGUCAAAUGAAUGAACAAUUUAAUCAAGGUUUAUCAUCUUUUGCUGAAGAUUUAUUAAAAAAUGAUGGUGAUUCAUUUAUUAGUAUGAUGGAAGCACUUUCUGAAUCAAGAUCUGCUCGUGAAGAAUUAUUAAAAGAAAAACCAACUGUUUUGAAUCAAUUACAACAACAACAGCAACAAUUACAGCAACAACAGUUACAAUUACAACAACAAAAGCAACAGCUUCAACAACAACAUCAACAACAACAAGGACAGAACAAAGAUGUUUCAACUUGGAUUGAAGAAGAUGAUGACCACACUCAUUAUCACUGCACUCACCAUCAUCAUCACCAUCACGAUGAUGAUGACGACUAUGAUGAAGACGAUGAAGAUGACUAUGAUUAUGACGAUGAAGAAGAUGAAGACGACGAUGAUGAUGAUUUAGAUGAUGAUGAUUUAGAUGACGAUGAUAUGGAUGAUAAAGAUGCAAGUGAUACAGAAUCUGAAAUUUCAGAAGAAGAAAAAAUGCAAGAAAUUCGUCGUUUAUUUUUAAUUCAAGUUAUUAAAUUGUUUCAAGAAAGAUUAAAAAGUGCUUAUAAAGAAAAAGUAUCUAAAGAUAAUACUCAAAAAUUAAUUCAAGAAUUGGAAGAAGAAGAAAAAGCUAAAAAAGAACGUGAAGCUAAGAAAUUGAAACAAAAGGAAAAAGCAAAGGAGAAGAAAAGAUUACAGCAAUUGGCCAAAGAAGAAGAAAAGAGGAAAAAAGAAGAGGAAGCCAAAAAAGUUGAAGAACAAUUAAAAGCACAACAAGAAAAGCUUAAAUUGGAACAAAAGAGGAAAAAAGAAGAAGCCAAAUUGAAACGUGAAGAAGAAAAGAAGAGGAAACUAGAAGAAACAAAGAGAAAAGAAGAAGAGCAUAGAAAAAAAGUUGAAGCUCAAAGAAAACGUGAAGAAGAAGCUAAGAAAUUAAAAGAGGAACGUCGUAAGAAAGCAGAUGAAGAAAGAAGAGCUAAAGAAGAAGAAAGGAAACAAAAGGAAUUAUUGAAAAAGCAAAAAGAAGAAGAAAGAGAACGUUUAAGAAUUGCUAGAGAAAAACAAUUAGCUCAAGAAGAAGAAGCAAAAUUAGCAUCUGCUUCUGCUUCUUCUACUAUUUUUGCAGAAAAUUCAAUUAGUCAAAAAAAUUCAAAUCCUUCUUCAAUAGUGAAUGAUUUAGAUGACGAUCAGGAUUUGGUUAGACAAAUUGAAGAAGAAAAAGCCAAAUUAUUAAAUGGAACAGCUAUUCCUUCAGUUAUUCCUCAACAGCAACAACCAUUACCUCAUUCUAUUUAUCAAACGAGACCAGGUUCACUUUCAAGUACUUCAUCUUCGAUAGCUUUAGGUCAACUUCCAACUAGUGCUCCUAAUAAUUCUUUGUCACAUCAAUCUCAACCAUUAACCAAUGAUAUUUCAUCAAACUUUUUGAAUCAAUCAAAUAUCCUUUCACCUCAAACAGCACCAAUUAAUUUGUUCAAUGGAAUUUCAAAUGCUAAUCCUAUAUCAAAUGUUUUACCUUUAAAUAAUAGUAAUUCAUUAUCACCUUGGUCUGCAAAAUCAAGAUUGAAUUCCAUGUCAAAUAAUUCAGCACCACCUCCAUUUUUAUCUCAAGCAAGUUCAAGUGAAUUGUCUAAUGGACAACAUCUUCAACAACAACAACCAUUGCAAAUACCACAACAACUUCAACAACAGCAACAACCACAGCAACCUCAACAAUCACACGUUCAACCACAAUCACAAACAAAAUUUGCACCAUUCAAUUCAUUUGAAGAUCCAACAGUUAAUGAUCCUUUCAUGCCAACUCCGUUAGCGGGAAACAAUAAUAUUUGGAAUUCGAAUGCUGCACCAGCACCUUCAAAUGGCGGUCCCAGAAGUUCAUCAAUUUGGGGUAGUACUUCAACUGCUGCAUCCACUGAAACUCCAUUUUUAAGUUCAAAUAUGAGAUCAAAUUCACUUUGGGGUAAAACCAAUAAUACAACUUCAGAUAAUAAUAAUAAUGGUUUACUUUCUAAUUUGAAUACAAACAAUAACAAUAAACCAAUUGGUAAUAAUAUUGGAAAUUCAAAUGAGAUUGAAUUAAUUCAAUCAACAAUCUAUAAUUGUUAUCAAUUAUUAUCAAAUUCAAAUCAAUUAGAAUUUGGUAUAGUUUCAUUAUUAUCUAUAUAUCAAAAUGUUAAAACUAUUUUAAAUAAACCUCAAUUAUCAAUAAAUCAAUUAUUAAAUUAUUGUCAAUCAAAUUCUUUAUAUCAAUUUGAUUUUAUUUAUGAUGAAUUUGGUAAUGUUACUCAUUUAAAAAUUGGUUUAAAUAAUAAUGGAGGAGGUUUUAAAAAUUCAUCUCCUCCAAUUUUGUCAACGACUGAUCAAAAACAGCAAUCACAACCACCACAAGGUCAACAACAAAAUCAACCUCAAAGUCAACAACAACAAUUUGGUUCUCAAGCUGGUUUUGGAAUUGGUCAAAAUUCAACAACAACUGGUCCUCCACCUGGAUUUAGAAUUCCAUCAGGUCAAAAUGGUAUUUGGAAUUAA